ACACGUCUGUGGCCAGGCCCGCCCUCCUCACCAUCCUCACCUUCCUCUCACGUGCUCACAGGCGGUUCACCAGAAGCGAUCCCUGUGACUCUGCCAAAGACAAACCUGCUGGGCUCACGGGAGAAAAAAACAACAACCGACCAACAACCACACAAAACCACCUCAGGCUAAGUUGACAGCACUGAAAUCGUUACCUUGAAGAAACCGAGGGGAGAAGUGUGCGAAGAUGAACGGCCCAGUGGAUGGCUUGUGUGACCACUCUCUGAGUGAAGAAGGAGCCUUCAUGUUCACGUCGGAGUCUGUGGGAGAGGGACACCCUGACAAGAUCUGUGACCAGAUCAGUGAUGCCGUGCUGGAUGCCUACCUGAGGCAGGACCCCAACGCCAAGGUGGCCUGCGAGACGGUGUGUAAGACGGGCAUGGUGCUGCUCUGCGGAGAGAUCACCUCCAUGGCCACAGUGGACUACCAGCAGGUGGUGAGAAGCACCAUCAGGCACAUCGGCUACGACGACUCCGCCAAAGGCUUUGACUUCAAGACCUGCAAUGUGCUGGUGGCUCUGGAGCAGCAGUCCCCGGACAUCGCCCAAUGUGUGCACCUGGACAGAGCCGAGGAGGACGUUGGGGCCGGAGAUCAGGGUUUGAUGUUCGGCUACGCCACCGACGAGACGGAAGAGUGCAUGCCCCUCACUAUCAUCCUCGCCCACAAACUCAAUGCCCGAAUGGCGGACCUCAGGCGCUCUGGGGUCCUCCCCUGGCUGAGGCCCGACUCCAAGACCCAGGUGACCGUUCAGUACGUACAGGACAACGGCGCAGUCAUCCCUGUGCGCAUCCACACCAUCGUGAUCUCCGUGCAGCACAACGAGGACAUAACGCUGGAGGACAUGCGCAAGGCCCUGAAGGAGCAGGUGAUCAAGGACGUGGUGCCAGCCCAGUACCUGGACGAAGAUACCAUUUACCACCUGCAGCCCAGUGGGCGGUUUGUCAUCGGAGGUCCCCAGGGAGAUGCGGGUGUCACCGGCCGGAAGAUUAUCGUGGACACAUACGGGGGCUGGGGGGCGCACGGUGGCGGCGCCUUCUCCGGGAAGGACUACACCAAGGUGGACCGCUCUGCAGCCUACGCUGCCCGCUGGGUGGCCAAGUCCCUGGUGAAAGCAGGGCUCUGCCGCAGAGUGCUCGUGCAGGUUUCCUACGCCAUUGGUGUGGCAGAGCCCCUGUCCAUUUCCAUCUUCACCUAUGGAACCUCCCAGAAGACAGAGAGAGAGCUGCUGGAGGUGGUCAACAAGAACUUUGACCUCCGGCCCGGCGUCAUCGUCAGGGACUUGGAUUUGAAGAAGCCCAUCUACCAGAAGACGGCAUGCUAUGGCCAUUUCGGAAGAAGCGAGUUCCCGUGGGAAAUUCCCAAGAAGCUUGUGUUUUAGAGCUGGUGGGCGCAGGGCCCGCAUGGCCCUGGGCGUGUCUGGGUGGUCUGUUUCAUCUUGCCUGGGACCCCAACUCUCAGAUGUCCCAGCCCCAGGGCCCCGACUGCCUUCCUCACCCAUUGCCCCCUCCUGGACCAAGCUGCCCCCCGCCCCCGGGUUAGCCCUGUGCUAUCGUCACUGUGAAUGGCAGGGGGCUUGCUGGUGCCUGAGGUCAGACCUCCUCAUGAGGGCAGUCACAGUGUCCCCUGCUUUCCCCUCAGACCGAGGCGAUGCUAAUUUAGUGGGAAAACCACCCCUGUCCAGAGUAAGUCCCCUCACGCCUCCCCCAUGGCCAGUCCCCUCCUCCCUCACAGAUCUCAGGGGUCCUGGGUGUGCUGGGUCUGCCCGUCCCGUCUGUGCCCUGUGCUCUGUAUCCUGAGCCGGGGGCUUCACAGAGGCCUCCUGGGCUAGGCGUCCGGCGGGGAGGGGAACGGGGCUGACAUUUGCUGAGCGGCCCUGGUGGGCGAGGGGCCGGGUUAAUUAUCACUCUCGUUUCUUCUUCACCACAACAUGGUGAGGUAACACCUCACUCCCUCUUUACAUAUGGGGAAACUGAGACACAGAUCAACUGGGUAGCCUUCCCAAGGUCCCGCGGCCACAUGCAUCAAGACCUAGACAGGAAUCCCCCCAACCCCAUUCCCAUCUCGUGCCAGACAGAGGCCUCAGUGAUGACCGAGCAGAUUGAAAAGCAGCCCCGUAUCCUCUGUCCUGAAGACCUGAGCUUGCUGCGAGUCGGGGAUUGACCCUGGGCUCUUGCUGAGCCCUGGCCAGGGAUACGCGAAGUCAGGACAGAGAAACGGCUUGUCCUAGCUCAGGUGGCCUGCCCCUUAGACAGGGGACCGGAACCCCGUGUGCUUCAAGUCCUUCUCUCUUCAGCCUCUUGGUCUGAAUGCUGUCGGUAUAAGGGUGUGAGCCCCUCCAAUGCCCCUUCCAAAGAGGCCCCAUGUAAGGGCCGAAGAGCUAAUGUCAAGUAGUGACCCAGGUGGCAGAGCUGCACCAGUGGCGGACAAGUUGGCCGAGGUGUCAAGGGAAAUUCCACCCUUGCCACGUGGCUUCUGGAGCACAGAACCAGGGGUCCUGAGCGGUCCUCGGGGCGCUGGGGUCUUGGAGGCUGCACGCUCACCGCCUUCCCUUCCCCGGCCAGCACUCCCUCCCCACCUGCCCUCAGCCUGGGCCUCUGACGGCACGUCUCGCCUUCUCCCUAGCGGCCCAGACCGCAGGCUCAGGUAGGGCCCCCAAGGCUCCCAAGAGAACACUGAGGCCUGGGCUUUUGUCCAGGGUACGUGGCGCUGGAUCCGGCUGAACCAGGGAGCCCACGGAGCCUUGUCUGGGCCUGACGCACAAGAACCCAAGCUUUCAUCCGUCAGCUCUUCAGGGGAGGCGAAGGCCGAAUUCCCACAUAAACCUAAAGCUUGUGUCCUCUCCAGAGGCUCGUUUACCCUGCAAGUUGCAAGGUCCCUCCAGGAGCGGGAGGCACAGCCUGCUUGAGGUCAGUUCCCCCUGCUUAAGCCCUGUUCGAGGUGAAAAUUUGGAAUCACACGCUUUCCCCUCCCCCUGGAGAAACAAGAUCUUUGUUUGUGUGAAACUAGAACUGUUAUGUGUUAAUAGUUCCUGCUGGGACAGUGAAUAAAAACUGAAGGAACAA